AUGGCAUCUGCUGCCACGGCAACAGCACUGGUCCUGCUACUGCUCCUGGUCAUCCUGUCCUGCUUCAGAGGUCAGAGGUCAACAGAGCGCUCUGUUCCAGGCCCAUGCUUCUGUCUGGGGAUUGGUGCGCUUGUGACCUACACACACUUCCUGUGGGCGGGCAUCGGGGCGGCGACUAACUACUACAACCGUCGCUACGGCAACACGGCACGCGUCUGGAUCCAAGGCAGAGAGACACUCAUCUUCAGCAGCUCGUCUGCGGUGUACCAGGUCCUAAGGAGCCCCAGGUUGACGGGGCGGUUUGGCAGCCGUGCGGGUCUGCAGUGUGUGGGGAUGCACGAGAGAGGCCUCAUCUUCAACAGCAACACACACCUCUGGAGGAAGGUGCGCACACACUUCACCAAAGCACUGUCGGGGCCUGGGCUGCAGAAGGCGGUGUGUGUGUGUGUGAGCGCCACCUGCAGGCGUCUGGAGCAGCUGGAUGACCUCUGCGACCCCUCGGGUCACCUGCAGGCGCUGGACCUGCUGCGCUGCAUUGUGCUGGACGUCUCCAACCGCCUCUUCUUAGACGUCCCGCUCAACGAGAGGGAUCUGCUGGGGAAGAUCCAGCGCUACUUCAGCACGUGGCAGGCCGUCCUCAUUAAGCCCGACGUCUUCUUCACACUGGACUGCAUGUGGAGGAAGCACCAGCGGGCUGCUCAGGAGCUCCAGGUUGCCAUGGAGAUCCUGGUGGAGAAGAAGAGACAGCUGAUUGGUCAGGCUGAUCACCUGGAGCACUCGGACUUUGCUACGGAUCUGAUAUUCGCUCAGAACCACGGGGAGCUGAGUGCGGACGACGUGAGGCAGUGUGUGCUGGAGAUGGUGAUCGCGGCGCCGGACACUCUGUCGGUCAGCCUGUUCUACAUGCUGCUGCUGCUCAAGCAGAACCCGGCGGUGGACGACAAGAUCGUGCAGGAACUCCACGCCGUCACGGGGGGCCGUGCGGUGCAGAAUGCUGACCUGCCGGCUCUGUCCACUCUUGAGCGCUUCAUCAACGAGGCGCUGCGCUUCCACCCCGUGGUGGAGUUCAUCAUGAGGAGGGCGCAGGAAGAUGACAUCAUCGACGGCCACAGGGUGCCCAAGGGCACCAACAUCAUCCUGAACAUCGGACACAUGCACCGCUCCGAGUUCUUCCCCAAACCGCACGAGUUCAGCUUGGACAACUUUGAGGGACAUGUGCCGAGCCGCUUCUUCCAGCCGUUUGGCUGCGGCCCGAGGGCGUGCGUGGGCAAGCACAUCGCCAUGGUGAUGAUGAAGGCCAUCCUAGCGACGCUACUCGGCCACUACAGCGUGAGCCCUCGUCACGGCAACACCCUCGCCAGCCUCCGCCACACCAACAACCUGGCACAGCACCCAGUGGAGGAGGAGGAUGCCCUCGCCAUGCGCUUUACCCCACGCACCUAG